AUGGAGCCCCAGCCCGGCUCGCCGACGUCGCCGUCCUCUCCGGACACGCCGUCAUCAGGCAGUGCCGAGGUAACCAUGCCUCCUGGAGUGAUGCCGGCGUCCGACGAGCCAAUGGAGGAGGUCGCUGCCCUUGAGCCCGGCAAGCAGUCGACGUCAUCUUCGUCGUACUCCUCGUCCUCGUCGUCGGCUGAGAGCCUGUUCCAUAUCGACGUGGCCGAGCUCAGCAGCCCGUUGGCGCCAGCGCCGGAGGACGAACAAGCCGCUCCCGUGCAGAGCGCCGAGGUCAAACCGGACGACUGGGCAAAGUGGCCGGAGCAACAGCCUCAGACCGUCGACGACCCGUUCUUGUCGGACGGCGGCGCGGCGCUCACCGGGCUGACGAAGGCGCCGGAGGUCCAGACGACGCCGAAGCUUGAGGGCGCCGCCGCGGGGGCCGGGGGCAACGGGUUCGAUCCGGAGAGGAUCCCGGCGUCCGUCUUCCAGCCCAGGACGUCAUUGUCCCAAGCCGAGUGGAGCGUGGCGUCCAACGAGUCGCUGUUCAGCAUCCAGGGCGCCAGCAACCCCGCCGACCUCGGCGGGUUCUACGGCGGCAGCAGGUCGCACUUCGACUACUUCUACGACGAGGCCGUGGCCUCUGCCGGCGGUACGGAGGCAGACUCGAAGCUGCCGACCGUCGCGGAAGGGUCGGAACCGGGGGACGCGUUGGACGGCGCCGGCGCCAAGGAGUUCACGAUGCCGGGCAGCGCGAGGUCGGAAGCCAGCGGCGGGAGCGCUGGGGCGAAGAAAGCCGCCGUGUUCCGGCGCCACGAGAGCGGCUCUGGAGGCAGCUCUAGCAACUUCUCCUUCGCCUUCCCAAUACUGGCAGAGACGUCGCCGAAGAAGAGGGACGGCGUCGCCGGCGCGCUGUACCAGCCGCUGCAGAAGGAGUACGAGCAGCCGCUGCCGCCGCUCGCUCCCCCUGUGUCGGCGUUCGAGGAGAUGACAACGGAGGAGGAACGGAGGAGGAGGACGGGGUGGUUCUGCUGCGGACAGUGCUGCGGCUGCUGCUGGUUCGCCUACUCCUGCCGCUCGUGCUGCUGCUGCUGCUGUCGAUGGCAGUGGUGGCGCUGCGGCUGCUGCCGCUGCUCCUGCCCGUGCAGCUGGUGCCUCUGCUUCUGAUAGAAUUGGCGGGAAACUACUCAUUUACCGGAUCAUUUGACCCGAGCCGAUUCGCGCCACAGGGUACGGGUUCCUGGUAACCAACUGAGCA